UAGUGUUGGCUUAAAAUACACGUAAACUAAACAGCAUUCGCCGGCUAGGCAAAAAACGCAGAAAAUUAAAGAUUAUGAGGCUCAAGAACUGUUGGCCCGCCACUCUGGCGUUGCUGACGGUGGCAUCGGCGUCCUUUUCGGCCGAAAAACCAGUUCCUCCGCCCUGCAGGGCCUGCACCCAGCUGGUGGGCUCCUUUAAGGAAGGACUCGAGCGCACGAAACGAGGACAUGGGGGCGGGGAUACGGCGUGGGAGGAGGAAAAGCUGCGCUCGUACAAGAACAGCGAGGUGCGGCUGGUGGAGAUCCAGGAGAAACUGUGCUCGGACCCUGGCGUAGUCAACAAGGACCACUGCCACAACCUAGCCAACGAGCACGAAGCUCUGCUCGAGGACUGGUUCACCCACAAACAAACGGAUAGCCCUGACCUGCAGUCCUGGCUCUGCGUUGACCAACUGGCCGUUUGCUGUCCGGCGAACACGUUUGGAGCGGACUGCCAGCCCUGCACCGACUGCAGCGGAAACGGCAAAUGCAAGGGUGCUGGAACACGUAAGGGCAACGGCAAGUGCAAAUGUGAUACUGGCUAUGCGGGACAAAACUGCAAUGAAUGUGGUCUGACUCACUACGAGUCCUUCCGGGACGAAAAGAAGCUGCUAUGCACGCAGUGUCACGCGGCCUGUGGCGAGGGCGGCUGCACGGGAGGCGGUCCGAAGAGCUGCCGCAAGUGCAAGGAUGGCUGGAGCAUGGAUUCGGAAGCGGGCUGCGUGGACAUCAACGAGUGCCUAGAGCAGAAGCGCCCAAACUCCUGCAGGCCGCAGCAGUUCUGCGUAAACAAUGAGGGAUCCUUUAGCUGCCUGGAGUGCGACCGCUCCUGUGAUGGCUGCGAAGGCGAUGGCCCGGACAUGUGCAAGAAGUGUGCGGAUGGCUUUGCGCUGAAGGACGGAAAGUGCAACGACCUUUCUGCGGAGCAACGCAGCAACUACGUGAGCUACACGCGAAUGCUUACCUACUUUGGCAUGUGCGUGGCCACCUGCGUAAUUUUCCAGAGCUCCACCCACAUUGCCUGGGGCUGCAUUGUUGGGGCGGCGGUGGCUGUGUACAUUGCUGUUUCCGAGUACUGGAUGAAUUCGGAGGCAGAAGGCGGUCACCAGCCCGAAAUAGACACAAAACAGUUGGAGGAACUGAUUUUGAAGUCUUUAUAAGCCAAUCUGAGACGGGUCGUUAGGUUUAUUCUACGAAUAAGAUGCACAGGGCCUUGAUCAGCAGUUAUCUUGAUUAAACACCAUUUGCUUAAGCAUUCUAACGAAUUUUGUAUUUUGCUUACAGUCAGCAGCGAAGCAGAUUAUACUGGUCUCGGUGAGGAGUCCACGCAUGAAGAACUGUAGGAGUUACCAUAACGCACAGUCAUGCACACCCUUUGUAGUCAAUUUUAGUUUAAUAGGCACUAAUAUUACCAAUUGAUUAUAAACAAUUUUGCCAAAGUAAAUUUCAAAAAAUGUAUUGGUUUUUAAACAAAAAAUGUAUUAAAAAUUGUAACUUCACCAAGCCGGCCAA